GAUAUCACAGAGAUCUAAAAUAAUUUGUAAUCGAACGGCCAUCAGGUGAAUGCUGUAGUUAAAAGUUGCAUCCAUGUUUCUCUCUUAAAAGUUACUCUCUUCUGUUCUCUCUCUCUCUUUAAAAAAUUUUUCAACGGCCGACCGGUGCUGACGUGCUACAACCAGAAGACACUUUCCUCCUCCAGUACUAAUCUCCUCUUAUUAGAUCUCAGUCUCUUCUUCCCGAUCUGUAAUUCAUCGAUGGCUGCUCCACCUGCAAGAGCUCGUGCCGAUUACGAUUACCUUAUAAAGCUUCUCUUGAUCGGCGAUAGCGGUGUGGGUAAGAGUUGCCUUCUUUUGCGUUUCUCAGAUGGUUCCUUUACAACUAGCUUCAUUACAACCAUUGGCAUUGAUUUUAAGAUAAGAACAAUUGAGCUUGAUGGAAAACGGAUCAAACUACAAAUUUGGGAUACUGCUGGUCAAGAGCGUUUUCGAACAAUUACAACCGCGUAUUACCGUGGAGCUAUGGGUAUUUUGCUUGUGUAUGACGUCACUGAUGAAUCAUCUUUUAAUAAUAUUAGGAAUUGGAUCCGUAACAUUGAACAGCAUGCUUCUGACAAUGUGAACAAGAUACUUGUGGGUAACAAGGCAGACAUGGAUGAAAGCAAAAGGGCUGUUCCUACCUCAAAGGGCCAGGCUCUUGCAGAUGAAUAUGGCAUCAAGUUUUUUGAGACUAGUGCAAAGACAAAUUUAAAUGUGGAGGAGGUGUUUUUUUCAAUAGCUAGGGAUAUCAAGCAAAGGCUUGCAGAUACAGACUCAAAGGCUGAGCCACAGACAAUCAAAAUUAACCAACCGGACCAGGCAGGAGGGCCCAACCAAGCUGCUCAAAAAUCAGCCUGCUGUGGUUCUUAAAAGAAGCCAUGUUGGGAUCACAUGGCUGCAUUCUCCAAGCAUGUUGAUGGAAACUAUUUUCUUACAACCAUGUGAUUGGUGCUUGUAUUUGUUAUUCCUAUCAUUAUUUUUUACAACUGUUGAACAUUUGGGUGUGAAUGCUAGAUCCUUCCUAUUUUGAGAAAAUUAAAUUAUAUUUAGGUAAUUUCCCCGCA